UAUUUGACAGUUAUUACAAGUCGCGAGGUGCAACUCUCAUGCCGUCUAGCCACAAUGAGGGAGCACUUGCAAUACUGCAACAAGCUGGUCGGCACGCGGCGGCACUAUCGCCGCUGUGCGCCGGCAACGCCCCACAUCGCCGUGGCCAUCCUCCUCAUCGCGCUCGGCGUGCUCUACCUCGCCUUCAGCCCGACCAACUCCGACCUCAACCUCGUUCUCAGCAUGCCGCGCGUCCACGUCGUGUUCAACGACGAACCGGUCCGCAAGGUCGCGCCCGUUGCCGCCGCGCCUGCCCCAGGCAACGCGACCGACGACGACGAGGACAGCGGCCUCCCGCCGCCUCGGCAGCUGACGGACCCGCCCUACUCGCUGGGCCGAGCCAUCCUGGACUACGACGCGCGCCGGUCCGCGUGGCUCGCGGCGCACCCGGAGCUCCCCGCGCGCGUGGGGCGGCGGCCGCGGGUGCUGGUCGUGACGGGGUCGGCGCCCGCCCGGUGCCCCGACGCGGACGGCGACCACCUGCUGCUGCGGGCGUUCAAGAAUAAGGCGGACUACUGCCGCGUGCACGGCCUCGACGUGUUCUACAACGCGGCGUUCCUGGACGCCGAGAUGUCCGGGUUCUGGGCGAAGCUGCCGCUGCUGCGGGCGCUGAUGCUGGCGCACCCGGAGGUGGAGCUCCUCUGGUGGGUGGACUCCGACGCGGUGUUCACGGACAUGGCGUUCGAGCCGCCGUGGGAGAGGUACGCGCGCCACAACCUCGUGCUCCACGGCUGGGCCGCCAAGGUGUUCGAGGAGAGGAGUUGGGUCGGCAUCAACACCGGCAGCUUCCUCAUCCGCAACUGCCAGUGGUCGCUCGACCUCCUCGACGCCUGGGCGCCCAUGGGGUCGCGCGGCCCCGUCCGCGACAGGUACGGCGAGCUCUUUGCCCGGGAGCUCUCCGGGCGCCCGCCGUUCGAGGCGGACGACCAGUCCGCGCUCGUCUACCUGCUCGUCACGCAGCGGGGCAGGUGGGGGGACAAGACGUUCAUCGAGAGCACCUACGAGCUCAACGGCUUCUGGGAAGGGAUAGUGGACAGGUACGAGGAGAUGCGGCGGAAGGGGCGGCCCACCGGGGGUCUCGGCGACGACCGGUGGCCGUUCGUGACGCACUUCGUCGGGUGCAAACCGUGCCGGCGGUACGCGGACAGCUACCCGGCGGACCGGUGCCGGCGCGGCAUGGAACGCGCGUUCAACUUCGCCGAUGAUCAGAUACUGAGGCUGUACGGGUUCGAGCACGAGUCGUUCAAUACCACUGCCGUGCAGCGCGUCGGAAACGAGACCGGCGGCCCGCUGGACGCUGACGAUGAUGAGCUCGGCCGGCUAUUGCAUCCCACGUUCCGGGCUGCCACGCCCACACAGACGUAGUCGUCUCCACGUUCAGUACCGGCCUUAUGGUUGACUUUGUUUUUUUUUCUUUCUCUCGUUCCAUCUCCCUUAUUACUCUGACAAUCCGCUUCAUAUUUUUAUGGUCAUUCUGGAGUUACUAUUGUACGAGUAGUACUAGGUAUGAAUAGAUUAGUAGUGGCUGUUUCACUUUAAUCUUUUUUCUUGAGUUACUAAUUUUUAGCUUAGGUUUCAGCGAACAACUAGUUCAUUUUGUGGCCAAUCAUAACCAAUGUAGGAUAAAAACCCCACAUAUUUUGUUUUUUUAUCCCACAUUAGUUAUGAUUGGACAUGUAACGAACUAGUUGCCUUCUUUGUGACAAGAAGAGGAAACAAUAGAUCACAUCCUAA